GUGGUUCGAACGGAUGAGCAUGUUGGUCAUCUUACUGAAUUGUGUCACCCUGGGAAUGUUCCAACCCUGCGAAGACAAUACCUGUGACUCGGAGCGCUGCAAAAUUCUACAGGGCUUUGACGAUUUCAUCUUUGCAUUCUUCGCUGUAGAGAUGAUUGCCAAGAUGAUUGCGCUGGGCAUCUUUGGCCCGAAAUGUUACCUCGGUGACACGUGGAACCGCCUCGACUUUUUCAUUGUUAUUGCCGGCAUGUUAGAGUAUUCACUGGACCUACAGAAUGUCAGUCUAUCCGCUGUGCGUACUGUGAGGGUACUGCGACCGCUUCGAGCCAUUAACAGAGUUCCCAGUAUGAGGAUACUGGUGACACUGUUGCUGGACACUUUGCCUAUGUUAGGCAACGUACUUCUCCUCUGUUUCUUUGUCUUCUUUAUUUUUGGCAUUGUCGGGGUCCAACUGUGGGCAGGACUGCUGCGAAACAGGUGCUUUCUCGAAGAGAACUUUACAAUACCUGCCUCUCAAGAGCUGGAUCGAUAUUAUCACACAGAAAAUGAUGAUGAGAAUCCCUUCAUAUGUUCCCUCCUGAAGGAUAAUGGAAUGCGCUACUGUCGCAGUGUGCCCCAAAGAAGAGUGAACAACAUCGAAUGUACCCUAGACGAUACAAGUUACUACCUGUUACUGAGUAACACCACAGACAAUAUCAGCUGUAUAAACUGGAACCAGUACUAUACCCAGUGCCAACCUGCUGAUCACAACCCAUUCAAAGGAGCCAUCAACUUCGAUAACAUUGGCUACGCGUGGAUAGCAAUAUUUCAGGUUAUAACCUUGGAAGGAUGGGUUGACAUCAUGUAUUUUGUCAUGGAUGCUCAUUCGUUUUACAAUUUCAUCUACUUCAUCCUUCUCAUCAUAGUUGGGUCAUUUUUUAUGAUCAAUUUAUGUCUGGUCGUCAUAGCCACCCAGUUUUCCGAGACUAAGCAGCGUGAAAGCCAGCUGAUGAAGGAGCAGAGGGUUCGGUUCAUGUCCAACGCCAGCACAUUGGCCAGUUUCUCUGAGCCAGGGAGCUGCUAUGACGAACUCCUCAAGUACAUUAGCCACAUGGUGCGGAAGGCCAGGCGGGAGGUGGUGCGAGUGUGCCACCUGGUGGCGAGCCGGAGGAGCCACCAGGCCGGCAGCUGGACUGGGCCGGGCCCACAGCCCCGCAAACGGCGGAAACGCAAGCGGGCGUCCUCCAUCCACCACCUGAUCCACCAUCACCAUCACCACCAUCACUACCACGUCAGCAACGGGAACCUGCGAGCCCACCGCGCCGGCCCGGAGAUCAGAGACACGGAGACCGACCCUGCCCACCAUGGUGCCGCCAACCGCCUCAUCGUGCUGCCCUCGCCCCUGACCAAGCUGCACCCUCUCCCGGCACCCACGGCUCCCGCCAAUACCGAGUCUGUCCACAGCAUCUACCACGCCAACUGCCACAUUGAGCCGGUGCAGUGCAAGUCCUCCUUCCGGCAGGGGGCAGUGGACAGAGGCCAGAGGGCGGCCGAUGCCAGGAGUUACCCGACCCUGCAGCCGAGCUCCCAGCACGAGGUGAUCAACCUCAAUGGCAAUGGGGAGAAGACCCUAAAGGACGCGACCAUGAAUCCUGAUAACGCAAUGGCGAAUCUCAACAUCCCGCCAGGGCCAUAUCGUAAAAUGCAUCGGCUCCUGGAAAGCCAGAGUGCUGGCCAUUGUAAAAGCUCCUGCAAGCUGUCUGGUCACUGCCUGCCCUAUGGCUCUCCCGACGGAACAGCCGACAUUCUGAACUGCGACCCACAAAGCUGCCCCAUUUGCAUCAGGGGCAGUGAAUCCGAGGUAAGGGAGAAUGAGACGCUGGAUUCAGACAGCGAGGGAGUGUAUGAGUUCACCCAGGACACCCACUACACUGACCAGAGAGACCCUCAACGCAGUCAGUUGCGUGUAACCACGGCAAACAAAUGCUGGACAUUUUGGAAGCCAGUCUGUGACACUUGCCGCAAGAUUGUUGACAGCAAAUAUUUUGGUCGGGGAAUUAUGAUCGCUAUUCUCAUCAAUACACUAAGCAUGGGGAUUGAAUAUCAUGAACAGCCAGAAGAGCUCACGAACGCCCUGGAGAUCAGCAAUAUUGUCUUCACCAGCCUGUUUGCACUGGAAAUGCUUCUGAAGAUCCUGGUGUAUGGACCAUUUGGCUACAUCAAGAAUCCUUACAACAUUUUCGAUGGCAUCAUUGUCGUCAUCAGUGUGUGGGAAAUUGUAGGACAGCAAGGUGGGGGCCUGUCGGUGCUGCGGACCUUCCGCCUGAUGCGAGUACUGAAAUUGGUGCGGUUCAUGCCAGCCUUGCAGCGCCAGCUGGUGGUCCUGAUGAAGACGAUGGACAACGUUGCCACCUUCUGCAUGCUGCUGAUGCUUUUCAUCUUCAUCUUCAGUAUUCUGGGAAUGCAUCUUUUUGGCUGCAAGUUUGCCUCAGAGAAAGGAGGAGACACUCUUCCUGACCGAAAGAAUUUUGACUCGCUUCUCUGGGCUAUUGUAACAGUCUUCCAGAUAUUGACUCAAGAGGAUUGGAACAAGGUCUUGUACAAUGGAAUGGCCUCCACUUCUCCAUGGGCUGCUUUGUACUUCAUCGCCCUCAUGACAUUCGGCAACUACGUUCUCUUCAACUUGUUAGUUGCCAUUUUGGUGGAAGGAUUUCAGACUGAGGGAGACGUCUCAAAGUCGGACUCAGAGGCUGAUUUUUUUUGUCAGAGUCUUGAAGAUGACAGUGGAAGCAAAAAGGACCUUCCAAACACAACCUUGAUGGCAGUGAAUGGCCACGUAGACGUCAAAACUAGUCUGACUCCACCACUCAUCAUCCACACCAAUGCCACGCCAAUGCCAACCCCAAAGGGAAUGCUUUGUGGAGAUUCUGCACAUUUAUACAACGAGUCCCGCAGAGGAAGCAACGUGUCAAUCGAUCCCAACUUUUAUGAGCAAAAGUCACCAACUAGUGCACGUAGCUCCCCUUAUGCGCCCUGGAGCACGGCCAGCAGCUGGAACAGCCGACGCUCGAGCUGGAAUAGCCUUGGCCGAGCUCAGAGUGUGAAGCGUAAACAUCAGACAGGCGAGCGGAAAUCCCUCCUCUCGGGUGAUGGCAAAGAGAGCUCCGACGAAGGCGAGGGAUCAGAAGAUGAGAUAUCCAGUCAUACAGGUAGUGGGAGGGGGCCAGGCACUCAGCGUGUGGAAUCCCUGGAGAUGAGGGGCUCUUUCGACCUUCCUGACACUCUCCAAGUACCUAGCCUUCACAGAUCUCCCAGUAUCCAAAGCAGCAGGCUCUCACCAAUGGAUCGCCAUGACUGUAAUGGUAAAACCUCCCCGACUGCCUUGCCACACCAGGUCCACACGGAUGAACAGAGAGCUGAGUUUGAACAUACUGAAGAUGACAUUGACAUGGGUAAAAGAGCACGUUUGCGGGCAUGGAUUCAAGCCAAGUUGCCACCCUGUUUCAGAGAACGAGAAGGCUGGUCACUUUAUCUGUUCCCUCCACAGUCCAAGAUCCGCCUCAUUUGCAGCAAAAUUAUUUCGCACAAGAUGUUCGACCACAUUGUUCUGGUCAUUAUCUUCCUGAACUGCAUUACUAUUGCCAUGGAGAGACCGAAGAUUGAUCCUAAGAGUGCAGAGCGAAUCUUCUUGAUAUUUUCGAACUAUAUUUUCACAGUGAUCUUCUUGACUGAGAUGGCAGUAAAGUUGGUCGCAAUGGGCCUUUGCUUCGGUCAGCAGACCUAUCUAAAGAGCUCCUGGAACAUCCUGGAUGGGCUGCUGGUGACGAUUUCUGUCAUUGAUAUUCUGGUCUCCCUGGUUUCCGACAGCGGGACAAAGAUCCUCGGAAUGCUGCGAGUCCUCCGUCUCUUGCGCACCCUUCGGCCGCUCCGCGUCAUCAGCCGAGCACCAGGCCUCAAACUUGUUGUCGAAACACUAAUGUCAUCUCUGAAGCCCAUUGGGAAUAUUGUGGUCAUCUGCUGCGCCUUCUUCAUCAUCUUUGGCAUCCUGGGAGUACAGCUCUUCAAAGGCAAAUUUUACGUCUGUGUUGGCGAAGACACAAGAAACAUCACAAACAAGUCGGAUUGCAUCCAAGCCAACUACAAGUGGAUCCGUCACAAGUACAACUUUGACAACCUGGGGCAGGCCCUGAUGUCCUUGUUUGUUCUUGCAUCGAAGGAUGGCUGGGUCGACAUUAUGUAUGAUGGUCUGGAUGCAGUGGGAGUAGAUCAACAGCCAAUAAUGAAUUACAACCCGUGGAUGUUACUGUACUUCAUCUCCUUCCUGCUGAUCGUGGCCUUCUUUGUGCUCAACAUGUUUGUGGGCGUGGUUGUGGAGAAUUUCCACAAGUGCCGGAAACACCAGGAGGUGGAGGAGGCCAAACGUCGUGAGGAGAAGCGCCUCAGACGAAUGGAGAAAAAGAGACGGAAAGCACAGUGUAAACCUUAUUACUCUGACUAUUCCCCUGCUCGGCUUCUCAUCCACAAAAUGUGCACAAGCCAUUAUUUGGAUUUGUUCAUCACUGUAGUGAUUGGGCUGAAUGUAAUCACCAUGGCAAUGGAACAUUAUCAGCAACCAAAGGUUCUGGAUGAGGCUUUGAAGAUCUGUAACUACAUCUUCACGAUUAUCUUUGUCCUGGAGUCUGUAUUCAAACUGGUUGCCUUUGGUUUUCGCCGAUUCUUCAAGGAUAGAUGGAAUCAGCUUGAUCUAGCUAUUGUCCUGCUGUCCAUUAUGGGGAUCACCCUUGAAGAGAUCGAAGUGAAUGCUUCCCUGCCAAUCAACCCCACAAUCAUCAGAAUCAUGAGAGUUCUUCGCAUUGCUAGAGUUCUCAAGCUCUUGAAGAUGGCAGUGGGAAUGAGAGCGUUGCUGAACACUGUAAUCCAGGCUCUACCACAGGUCGGAAAUCUCGGACUGUUGUUCAUGCUGCUGUUUUUCAUAUUUGCAGCUCUUGGAGUUGAACUUUUUGGGGACCUAGAAUGUGAUGACUAUCAUCCCUGUGAGGGGUUAGGGCGACAUGCCACAUUCAGAAACUUUGGAAUGGCUUUCCUCACUUUAUUCCGAGUGUCAACUGGAGAUAACUGGAAUGGGAUCAUGAAGGAUACUUUGCGAGACUGUAACCAAGAGGGCACCUGUUAUAACACAGUGGUGUCCCCAAUCUACUUUGUCUCGUUUGUGCUGACAGCUCAGUUUGUGCUGGUGAAUGUAGUCAUCGCGGUGCUGAUGAAACACCUGGAAGAGAGCAACAAAGAGGCGAAGGAGGAAGCAGAACUUGAGGCAGAGCUGGAACUCGAAUUAAAAAUGUUGAAUACGGGCCAGGGGAAUGUGGACGGUGUGACGUGGGGAGGUGGUGAAGGUGGAGAUGCAAGUGACAGCCCUGGGAGUCCAUCUGAGUCACUCCAAAUCAAGAUGGAUUCGCCAUUUUCUUUAGAGCCGCCAUUGGACAAGCAAUUUUUCGACAAUGUGUCCCUGCUGAUCCAAGGUUCACUGGAAGGAGAGUUAACCCUCAUGGACAACCUCUCAGGUUCUGUCUGCCACAACUACGCCAUCUCCCAACAAAACAAAUGCUGUGCUGAGAAACAGGCUGAGCAGAUCCAAGAACAGCAGGCGAAGGAGGAGAUCCCAGAGAAGAACCUUCUGACUGUGAGGAAGAGUUUUGUAGGUCGAACACACUCACUGCCCAAUGACAGCUACAUGUUUCAGCCUGUUGACCCUGCUCCCUUGCAGGGUCUACAGAGAUCAGAGAGCAGUCACCGGCUACAGUCAGGUUCCACCACCUCAGUUCAGUCUCAGCCCACAGGGGCCAUUGGCCACCUUCAGGUUCCCAUCGGGUUGUUCCUUCCUGUCAGCCAUCAGAGCAGUUUUGAUUCUGAAACUAUCCCGAAGAUACCUCCCCCUCGGAGAUCUGUGAGUGCUCACAGAAUGCUGCGUAGGCAGGUUGCUGUAACAAAUGACUCUCUGGAUCCACUGUGUAUGGAGUCCAAGGAAAAUUUGCAGGUACAGACUAAUGAACCUUCAUUCUUGAAUGUGUCUGUGCCGCUUGUGUCUGUUGUGCAACCGUCUGUGGUCCUAGUGCCUGCCUCACCAAACGCACCAACCAAACAUAGUGUCCACAUUCAACAACACCACCGUAACCAAUGCAACAUCACUAACUUUGUGACAACGUCACCACGUCAUAUUCGGAACCCUUUCAGGGAACUCCCUAACUCAGCGGACCAGGAAGUCUCUCAAAUCAACAGUGGCAGCAAGAGAGCUUCCAAACCUCCCAUGUGCCCUACACUGCCCAUGAAAAUGUGCAGCAGCACAGGAAACCUCACCAUGAAAGACGUCAAAAAAUUCUACAGCGUGGAUACUCAAGGGUUCUUGGCCAAGCCCACAUCGUGGUUGGAUGACCCUCGGAGACAUUCAAUUGAGAUCUGCUCGUCCGUUGGCACAGCUCCACAGCACCAGUUCUCUGUGGCGUCCUGUUGGGCCAUUGGCCAGGCAGUGACAGAACUGGACAGUCAGAAAAUAGCACGGCCGAAGCAGAAAAUGAGCCCCCCGUGCAUUUCUAUAGAGCCGCCAGAGGACCACCACACGAUGACACAAGGCACUCAUGGGCAAGCAUCAUCUAGUGACAUGUGUUUGAGAAGGCGUGCCCCAUCCUGUGACUCAGCCCCUCACAAGGAGUCCAUAGACCUUGUAGACCCACUGCCUCCUGAAGGCACUCACACCUCUCCCUCUCCAGCGAAGGAUUUGCUAACUCUUUCCAGUUUUUCCUUGGAUCAGACCGAGGAGGACCACUGAACUGAAUUGUUGAAUUGUUUUUUUUUGUUGCCAAAAAAAAGACAAAAACUCUUUUUUUCAUCCUUUCCUGACAUUAAUGAAGAAUUCUGCAUUCUGACUGGCACUGGAGGUCAAAACCCCGCCAAUCACCCUCUCCACCAUCCAGACAGUAACAAGGGUUACUGCAGCCCUUGCAAUGCUGCCCUGCCUUGCACUCAAGCAGGUGACCGACUGACCAUUCACCCAGAUAGUUCUGCACAGUGGAGCGUCACUUUUGUUUUAAUGUGAAAGGUGUUUCCCCUUUUGAAAUUGGGAGGUAAACUGCCGAGCGGUAGUACUGGAACAUUCCAGGAUUCACUUUGUAACUCAGUUUGAGGCAACAAGGGAGGGGCAAUAAAUGCCAGCCUUGCCAGUGAUGUCCCCAUCCCCAGAAUUAUUAUUUUUCUAAACAUUGUUAAUUGACAUCCAUUUUAUCAGAUUUCAAUUCAGUUGGCCUGGGCAUUUUCCUUCCUCUCUGAAAAGGCACAAAGCAAAGA